CGCGAACGACGGCUAUAAGAAGAAUUUGAGUCAUAUCAAAAUAGCCAUUAGGACAAAAUAUAAUCACAAAGUGCUCCAACAUAAAGAUAGGGGCCGUUACAGUGAAAAGUAGCUUGUAAAGACGAUGGAUCAUCGGUCUUUAGCUACCGACUAUAUUGCUUAACUUCAAGAAACUAUAGCAUAUAAGACAAAAAAGAUUACGUAUCACAUAAGCCAGGAAUGUGACUUUCUUGAGCACAAAGUCAUGUGCUUGAGAAAAAACUUCACUAGUACAGAUCUUGCUCCUUUAACAUUUGACUUAGAUACUUAAAACCAUAACACUAAUGCUCAUUACAGAAAAGUUCUUUACUACAACAGCAGCCAAGUGCAACCCAUCAGCAAAAUUCAUCGUAAAAAUGGCAUGGGAAUUCAUCUCAUUUAUUUUUAUCACAUUCGCAACAAAAGCCAGGGUUCAGAAAACAACUACAGCUUCGAUACAACAGGAGAAAGUAACAGUUCUUUUGUCCGUUUUCUUAUAACGGUAUAGUUUUAAAAAUGCGUUCUCAUUGAUCGUUUCAUCAAGCAACAAAAGAAUAUUAAGUGAUAGAUGGCGCCUUGCCGUUUCUAUCAACUUUCAUUAUAUCUGUUUAAGCGCUUCAUCUCCUAUUUCUAUCAAAUAUGCAUUAUAUGCAAUUUAGUCAUUUAAAAAUGUAACUGUAAUAAAAAAAAGUUACUCUAUCGGUCGCCAUAUUGGCCUCUUCCACAUUUUUUCUUCUGGCAGCUAGCUAUUUGCAUCUGCUGAAGUUAUCUGCUAUUGGCAGCUGUUAUUGGCAGGUAACUUCUUAAUAGCCAUUCUCGACAUGUAAUCACAUUUCUUUGAUCUAUGCUUUCUUAUUCGCCUCAAUUGUAAGAAAAAAAGAACGCUUCAUCAUAUUCGAUAAGAUAAGAAAAACAUUUUUUAUUCUCAUUACAUCAGUAGUGAACGGAAAAAAUGGAUGUCGAGCAAUGUUAUCAUGUAUGGUCAUCAACUUAUGAUUCUGAUAAAAAUUCUACUAGAGAUUUAGACGAAAAAAUAACUAGAAAACUAUUAUCAAACAAGCAAUAUGAUACUGUGCUUGAGCUUGGCUGCGGUACCGGUAAAAAUACAUUAUUCUACUCAGCUAUUGGCAAGAAUGUUGAUUCAGUUGAUUUCUGUCAAUCAAUGCUAGAUAUUGCUAGACUAAAAGUGGAACAACAAGCAAUCACGAACGUGAUAAUUUAUCAGACAGAUUUAAAGCAAAAGCAGUGGUCGCGGGAAAGCAACUAUUAUGAUCUCUGUGCAUGUAAUCUUAUGUUAGAGCACAUUGAGAAUAUAGAACCGUUCUUCAUGGAAGUUAAUAGAAUAUUAAAGAUAAAUGGUGAAUUUUUUGUGAGUGAACUACAUCCAUAUAAACAAUACCUAGGGACAAAAGCAAAUGGUGUCAUUCAAUCGUUUACACAUCAUAUAUCUGAUUUUCUUCAUGUCGGAAAGAAAAAUGGAUUCACAAUGAAAGAGAUGCAAGAAUGGUGGACAAAUGACGAGGAAACAGAGCACCGAACACCACCGAGAUUAGUUACAUUUAUUUUUGAGAAAAUGUCAACAAUUAGCUAA